AUGCUGCGGGUCUUCGCGGUUGUCAUGGCGAUAACGGUGGCCUGGGUGGAUGGAGCUCGGGUGCUGAGCGGUCAGACGGUGUGUCCAGGUGUCCCGGGGCGUCCCUGCUAUAAGAUCGCAUAUUUCCACGACGUGUCGAGUCGCGUUGCGUUCGGGGAGGCGUGUCGCGCCUGUGAGAUGGACGGGGGGGCGCUGCUCAGCAUCGAGAGUCCAGCUGAGCAGAGGGACAUGGAAGACCUGCUGCAGGAGCUUCGUUCAGGAGCAGGAGGAGGUGCAGGAGGAGGAGGUGUAGCCGACGGGGACUUCUGGAUCGGUCUCACUCGAGUGGACCGAGUGGAUCCGGCUCGUCCUGAACUCGGUCCCUUCACUUCCUGUCCACAGCUCUACCUGUGGACCGACGGUAGCUCCGCCUCUUUCAGGAACUGGUAUUUUGACGAGCCGUCCUGCGGGGGGGAGGCCUGCGUCGUCAUGUACCAUCAGCCAACUGCACUUCCUGGUCUGGGCGGGGCUUAUCUCUACCAAUGGAACGACGACCGCUGCAACAUGAAACACAACUUCAUCUGCAAAUACCGAGCAGAACGUGAGGACGCGAUUGGCCACACGCCUGGAGGCCGGAGCACAGAGGCGCCAGCAGCUGGAGGUGUGGCUAACCCGCCUGCGGGCAGCGAGGAGGUUCGGCCUCAGGUGACCACGGCCGCAGCUUCAGGAAUGUUACUGGUCUACGUCAUCAUUCCCACAAUCCCCCUGCUGCUGCUCAUCCUGGAGCUUCGUUCAGGAGCAGGAGGAGGAGCAGGAGGAGGUGCAGGAGGAGGAGGUAUAGCCGACGGGGACUUCUGGAUCGGUCUCACUCGAGUGGACCGAGUGGAUCCGGCUCGUCCUGACCUCGGUCCCUUCACUUCCUGUCCACAGCUCUACCUGUGGACCGACGGUAGCUCCGCCUCUUUCAGGAACUGGUAUUUUGACGAGCCGUCCUGUGGGGGGGAGGCCUGCGUCGUCAUGUACCAUCAGCCAACUGCACUUCCUGGUCUGGGCGGGGCUUAUCUCUACCAAUGGAACGACGACCGCUGCAACAUGAAACACAACUUCAUCUGCAAAUACCGAGCAGAACGUGAGGACGCGAUUGGCCACACGCCUGGAGGCCGGAGCACAGAGGCGCCAGCAGGUGGAGGUGUGGCUAACCCGCCUGCGGGCAGCGAGGAGGUUCGGCCUCAGGUGACCACGGCCGCAGCUUCAGGAAUGUUACUGGUCUACGUCAUCAUUCCCACAAUCCCCCUGCUGCUGCUCAUCCUGGUGGCUUCUGGGACAUGUUGUUUUCAGAUGUUGAGCAGAAGUGAGCCCCGCACAAAGAGCGCCACGGACCAAUCACACCUGUGGAUCUCCAGAGCGCCCAAGGCCGACAGCAUGGUGGUCUGA